AAAACGACGGUGGCGACAGCUAGCUUGACGGAAAAAGUGGGCGCGGCUUGCUCUUUUUGAGGACGUCGACAAACACAAAUCUCUCCCGUAUCUCAACCUUCCGCUCGCGGACUCGGUCUCCAUCGCCGUCGCUUCAUCUCACCUCAACCGACGAGGACCAAAAUCAAGAAGGAAAGUCUUUUUGUCAGCGAGCGAGCAGAACACAAGCACGAGAUCGAGAUGGUGGCCAAACAGAGGAUCAGGAUGGCCAACGAGAAGCACAGCAAGAACAUCACGCAAAGAGGAAACGUGGCCAAGUCCACGAGGAACCUGACGGACGACAAAGGCGUCGGACCCUGGUUGCUCGCCCUCUUCCUCUUUGUUGUCUGCGGAUCAGCCAUCUUCCAGAUCAUCCAGAGCAUCAGGAUGGGCAUGUAGCGAUGACGUCAUCACCCGCCGCCAACAUUCCCGAACUUUGACCCGCCACCGUUCCCGACCGGACCGAACUUUGACCCGCCACCCUUCCCGACUGGAUUCGGCACACGUGCGCGCUGUUUGCGCAACGUGUCGCCGCCGCCGACCUUCCCACUCUUGUUUACCUGAGCCUUAGCCCCGCCCCCGCAGCCUCAUCGGGGUCAAAGUGCGUCCCGUGACCAAAACCGGAGGGAGUACUACGUCAGACAAUAAAAUUCGCUUUCGUGGCUGUUGACUGGUGCUCGUCUUAGAUCACAAGUUUCAUUCCGUCGCUUGUCGGCCAUUUUACGGCAGGGCCGUUCCAUAAAUAGAACAACGGACUGUGUGAUGUAGUCCGACUCCAUAUCGAUACUGAAAAAAUACACAUCCCCAUUUUAUAUACAGUGGGGAGAACAAGUAUUUGAUACACAGUCAAUGGGUUUUCCCCAUUGGCAGUGUAUCAAAUACUUGUUCUCCCCACUGUAUAUGAAUAAAAGCAAAUAUUUUUUGGUGUGAACUCUUAUCCUCGCUAUUGACGGUGACCGAUUGGACGUUCGUUGCCGUCGAUGGCAGACGAUGACCAAAAAAAAUGAGUUCGUCUGGCCAAGAUGCAUGAUGAUUAGUUUAUCACGAGUAGAUGUCCAAUUUCAUUUGAAGGGUGAGUCGACAAGAAAAUGUGCCUAAACAUCUGUCAUGAGUAGUUGAAAGAUGACAAUAAAUUUCUGGUGACAAAAAAACAA